AUGCUCGCGGUAUUUGAGAAAAUCGCAAGAGCUGUGGUCCAACACAUGGACGCUGGUGGGGAUAUGAUUGCUGUCAGAGGCCUCAUUGAUGCUGACAGAUUCCACUGCUUCUAUCUGGUGAAGGAGAGGAGACGUUUCUUCAGAUACCAAUAUGAUAAGAGAGACCUCACCCUGUAGGACAUCCUGGAGAUGGACAAGGGUGAAGGGCUGUUUGAUAAGCUGGCUCCUGGGCUCCAAGGUCAAGAGGUUAAGUCCCAAGUUAUGGACAGCGCAGACUCAAAGGGAAGUUUGACAGUGAAAUUACCCAAAGAAAAAACACUUGAAGUGGGAAUAACAUUCUCCAGGUUCCCGGAGCAGGGCAUCGAGUUAUCAAAGACCCGGAUACUCCAGAAAUUCCUGGAUUCUCUUAAGAACAAAAAGCUGAAGAGGAAACUGCCCCCUACGUUCCAACCAAUCCAGGCGAUGAGAGAAGACCUUUAUCUAGUGACGGAAACGCUGAAGACCACAAAGACUGUAAUCCUGAAAAGUGAAAAGCAGUAUAUUUUUGGGGACCCGAUGAAAUGUUUUGGUCUCCAAUAUGAACACAAGCACCAAACGGAAGUGACCAUCACCCCUGAGAAGGUCCUGGGCUAUCGAGUAAAGCAGCUCGUCUUCCCCAACGCAGAGAGUAUGGGUAUUAGGUUUUCUCGGGCAAAAGAAAAAUCCUUUCCAGAAGAGAAAGAUGGUGGUUCAUCUUGGUUAGGGAAGUCCUUGAGUUUGGAGGAUUUCCCAAGCGUGAAGGAGAGGAUGCAGGACAUGGUGCAAGUCCUCCAGGAUCCGACUGAGGAGGGGCGAAAAGAGGUGCUAAGCUGCUUCACCAAGUGCCUCAGCAAGGAUGAAGAGCUGCAGGGUCUAGAGCGAAGGGCGCCUGAGGUCCGGCGCUCUGGGGAGCUACAGAUGGAAGACCCAGCAGGUUCUGUCAUAUGCAGCCUUUUUUAAAAACCUGCUGGCGUCUUGAUAGAGGAGCACACAGAAGCCAUUUCGGAUUUCCUGGAUGACUUGAUGGAGCUGUCUGAGGAGGGGCAGCUUGUUGCUGAGGCCCUAGAUAAGGGGACCCUGCCCCUUUUGAAGGACAAGGUAGAGCCUAUCCUGGAGCAGAACUGGGGUGAGCAGCCCCGUGAUGUGGACUGUGACCCUGAGGCACGGACUCUCUGUGCCCUCUACGUUGUUGUCUCCAUCCUGCUGCAGCUGGGUGAGAAGCCUACCUCUCUGUUUUCCUAA